CACUGUUGAGUCAAUAUUUUUUUAUAUAUCUCUUCAUUAUAUUUGCUAUACUAUUUUACAAUAUUUAUUAGAAUAAAAAAAAAAUGCAGACUUAUCCUCCAUUUUCAAUUGAAAGUCAAAGAUUUAAUCAGGAUACUUAUUUUGGUAGACUUCAAAGAUGUUUUGAUAUAGUUGAUCCAAGAACAUUGUUUGUAUCUGAAAAAACACUUCAAGAUUCCAUAAAAAUGAUUGAAGAUUUUAAGAAAGGAGAACGCAAUCAACUUACAGAUGCUCAGCUAUGGCGUGCUCGAAAGAUUAAAGAGGCUAUUAUUCAUCCUGAUACUGGAGAAAAAAUAUUUGCUCCAUUUAGAAUGUCAGGUUAUGUACCAUUUGGAACACUUCCAGUGAUUGGUAUGUUGAUACCUGGAGCAUCGUUUGGUCAAGUAAUAUUUUGGCAGUGGUUGAAUCAAAGUCAUAAUGCUUGUGUCAAUUAUGCAAACCGAAAUGCAACUAAGGCAACUGCAAUUUCAAGCUUCAUUAAAAGUUAUUUUGCAGCUGUUGCAAGUGCUAUAUCUAUUGCUUUAAGUUUUAGCUAUGUUAUAAAGAAAAGUCGGUUAUCUCCUGAAAUGAAACUGUUUGCAUCUCGAUUUGUUGCUUACCCUGCAACAUCCCUUGCUAAUAUCUGUAAUGUCUGCAUAAUGCGUUCUGGAGAACUAAAGGAUGGUAUUGAUGUUGAAGACGAAAAUGGUAAUGUUAUUGGAGUUUCAAAGAUAGCUGCAAAACAAGCAGUAUUUGAGACAGCAUUAUCGCGUGUAUUUCUACCAGCUCCCAUUCUUAUAUUUCCACCAUUAAUUAUGUCUGCGCUUGAAAAAACUCGUUUCUUGACAAAACAUCGCAGGCUUAUUUUUCCAGUAAAUGUUUUUGUGUGUACAAUGUCAUUUGGGUUAGCUUUACCAUUUGCUAUAGCUUUAUUUCCACAGCAAUCUAAGAUGUCAAAAGAAAAAUUGGAGCCAGAAAUUGCUGACAAAACAAAAUCUUUGUUUGUAAAGUUUAAUAAAGGUCUAUAAGUUUGCUGCUUUGCAAUGACACAUCAUAAAUAAUAUAUUACUGUUUUAUGAUGUAUUAUUUCUUGAUGCACAUUAUUCUAACAAUAGAAAAAUACUAUGAGGCUUUUCAUAUUGUAA